UUUCUCAUAAUCCUUACCACUUCUGUGAGGCGGUCAUUGUUUCAUUUUGCAGAUGAGGAAAUUGAGUCACAAGUGACCCAGGGUCACAGGUUGGUGAGUCACAGAGCUAGAGUUCACGUUCAUAGUGGAGGGCCGGUGCUCUUGGAGCUAUGGCCCCUGGUCUCUUACCUCAAGCGCCUGCCUAACCCCACCCCUCAGUCUUCAGGCCUUCAUCUAGGCAGCCCCUCACCUCCACCUGCUGCCUAUGUCCCACUGAUGUACUUGUUUCCUGAGGGCACUUCCUCUUGUUUGGUAAUGUCUUAUGUCCUAGGAAAGAAGGUGCAUAGAUGCUGCUGUGUGAGCUUCCUCUGCUAGACAGAGCUGGCCCACAGCCUUUAGAUGAGGCGUCGAAUGCUGGUUACCUGAGUCACCUGGAGCCGCCCACUGCACAACACCAUGGGCAGCCAAGGGGUUUCCAGAAUCCCCUCUCCCCAAGUUUGGGGAAAAUGAAUGAAUGGAAGAAAAGAAGGGAGGAAGGAUGAAGCAAAUAGCUGUGCUUUGAGAUCUGACGCUGUAUACUUCACAGCCCUGAUGGAUAUUCUCCAAAUUCUACUCCUUUUUCACAUUUUCUUCUUAGAGUUUGCAUUGUUCUUUUUAUAUUCUUCAGAUUCCUUUUGUUCAUAAUUUCUUAAACCUAUUCAUUUUCUACUGCCUUUCAGUUGUUAAUUUACUGAAGUUCUUUGGUGCUUACUACUGCUGUUUGCUGUAGCUGCAGGGUCUGUCUCACGGCGAAUUUUUUCUUUUGUGUUUUAUAAUUUUGGAAAGGGAGCUUAUGUUAAAUUUGUAUUUGUGGGAAUUCUGUCUAGCCUGGCUUGAGGGUAUUGUUUGCUUUAGCCAAUAACCUCAGGAUGGCAUCAGCCUGUGACCACUUCCUGUUCAUAGUUUAGGGGAUCCUCUCAUUUCAAAGUCUGUAUCUAUUUGAAGACAGGCCCAAGGUUAUAAAUUUGCACAGACUUUUUUUUUUUUAAUACCUUGUGCCCAGUCCAACAAAUAUGUUUGUUUGCCACAGGCUGCUUUUUUUCUAGUUCAUCCUUUCAUCAAGGGGUAGCACAUUGAGCAGUGCCAUGUUAAGCAGGGAGUCUUCAUUCUACCUGCUUUUCUUGCAUUCCUUGACCUCAGCUGGGCUUUAAACCUCGAAUUCUGGAUGGCGAGAUUGGCACUGCCCUGUGUGAGCUACUGCCUGUCUCUGGUGCUGUUUCUGUCCCUACAGUUCUUUUCCUUUCCACGGAGUUCUGGGUACCGCUCUGACGGGGGAGAAAAGUGGCAGCAUUUUGGGUGUUCUUGAGCUUCAGAAUGCAACCAGACAUGUCCUUGAAUGUCAUUAAGAUGAAAUCCAGUGACUUCCUGGAGAGGGCAGAACUGGACAGCGGAGGCUUCGGGAAGGUGUCUCUGUGUUUCCACAGAACCCAGGGCUUCGUGAUCAUGAAAACAGUGUACAGGGGGCCCAACUGCAGCGAGCACAACGAGGCCCUCCUGGAGGAGGCGAAGAUGAUGAACAGACUGAGGCACAGCCGAGUGGUAAAGCUCCUGGGCGUCAUCAUAGAGGAAGGGAACUACUCCCUGGUGAUGGAGUACAUGGAGAAGGGCAACCUGAUGCACGUGCUAAAAGCCGAGAUGAGUACUCCGCUUUCUGUAAAAGGAAGGAUAAUUGUGGAAAUCAUUGAAGGGAUGUGCUACUUACAUGGAAAAGGCGUGAUACACAAGGACCUGAAGCCUGAAAAUAUCCUUGUUGAUGAUGACUUCCACAUUAAGAUCGCAGACCUCGGCCUUGCUUCCUUUAAGAUGUGGAGCAAACUGAGUAAAGAAGAGCACAAUGAGCUGAAGGAAGUGGACGGCACCUCUAAGAAGAACGGCGGCACCCUCUACUACAUGGCGCCUGAGCACCUGAACGACGUCAACGCAAAGCCCACGGAGAAGUCAGAUGUGUACAGCUUUGCCGUCGUACUUUGGGCGAUAUUUGCAAAUAAGGAGCCAUAUGAAAAUGCUAUCUGUGAGCAGCAGCUGAUAAUGUGCAUAAAAUCGGGGAACAGGCCAGAUGUGGACGACAUCAUUGAGUACUGCCCAAGAGAAAUUAUCAGCCUCAUGAAGCUGUGCUGGGAAGCGAAUCCAGAAGCUCGGCCGACAUUUCCUGGCAUUGAAGAAAAAUUUAGGCCUUUUUAUUUAAGUCAAUUAGAAGAAAGUGUAGAAGAGGAUGUGAAGAGUUUAAAGAAAGAGUAUUCAAACCAAAAUGCAGUUGUGAAGAGAAUGCAGUCUCUCCAACUUGAUUGUGUGCCAGUGCCUCCGAGCAGGUCAAAUUCAGCCACAGAACAGCCUGGUUCACUGCACAGUUCCCAGGGACUUGGGAUGGGUCCUGUGGAGGAGUCCUGGUUUGCCCCCUCCCUGGAGCACCAGCAAGAAGAGAAUGAGCCCAGUCUGCAGAGUAAACUCCAAGAGGAAGCAAACUACCAUCUCUAUGGCAGCCGCAUGGACAGGCAGAUGAAACAGCAGCCCAGACAGAAUGUGGCUUACAACAGAGAGGAGGAAAGGAGACGAAGGGUCUCCCAUGACCCUUUUGCACAGCAAAGACCUUAUGAGAAUUUUCAGAAUACAGAGGUAAAAGGCACCGCUUAUUCUAGUGCAGCCAGUCAUGGUAAUGCAGUGCCCCAGCCCUCAGGGCUUAGCAGCCAACCUCAAGUGCCAUAUCGGAACAAUGUUUUAUAUAGCUCACAUGGCUUUGGAACAAGACCGCUGGAUCCAGGAACAGCAGGUCCCAGAGUUUGGUAUGGGCCAAUUCCAAGUCCUAUGUCUAGUCUGUAUAAAAUCCCGGUGCCUGAGACCAACUAUUUAGGAAACACACCCACGAUGCCAUUCACCUCCUUGCCACUAACAGGUAAAGGAGGAGGACCCUUCACAGAUGUUCAGAGUCGUGGGAUCCUGCUGGGAAGUGUGGCUGAGCUGUGCUGUGCUGUUCAUCCACCUCUGAUUUCUGACUUAGCCACAUUUUUCUAUGAUGAAUCUAUAAAAUAUGCUAUAUACAAUAGUACUGGCAUUCAGAUUGGAGCCUACAAUUAUAUGGAGGUUGGUGGGACGAGUUCAUCACUACUAGACAACACAAAUACGAACUUUAAAGAAGAGCCAGCUUCCAAGUACCAAGCUAUCUUUGAUAAUACCACUAGUCUGACCGAUAAACACCUGGACCCAAUCAGGGAAAAUCUGGGAAAGCACUGGAAAAACUGUGCCCGGAAACUGGGCUUCACACAGUCUCAGAUUGAUGAAAUUGACCAUGACUAUGAGCGAGAUGGACUAAAAGAAAAGGUUUACCAGAUGCUCCAAAAGUGGGUGAUGAGGGAAGGCAUUAAGGGAGCCACAGUGGGGAAGCUGGCCCAGGUGCUCCACCAGUGUGCCAGGAUCGACCUUCUGAACCACUUGAUUUACGUCAGCCAGAACUAACCCUGGAUGGGCUAUGGCAGCUGAAGCGGACUCCUCACUUAGUGAAUAACCCCAGAAAGCUGGCUGCCUCAGAGCAUUCAGAAUUCUGUCCUCACUGAUGGGGGUUCUGUGUCUGCAGAAAUAUUGUUUCCUGUAUUUCAUAGCUGGGGAAUGGGGAAAUAAGUCUGCAGCAAAGGGGUCUCACUCUGUUGCCCACGCUGGUCUCAAACUUCUGGACUCAAGUUAUCCUCCUGCCUCGGCCUCUCACAGUGCUGGGAUAUCAGGCAUGAGCCACUGCGCCCAGGCAACAAUCCGCUCCGAGGAAAGCGUAAGCAGGAAGACCUCUUAAUGGCCUAGCACCAAUCAAAAAAUGACUCCUAAUUGGGUUUGGAAAGGGAGAGAAGAGAUGUCUGAGGAAGGUCAUUUGCUUUCAGCUUAUGGCAUUUCCUAGAAUUUUGCUGAAGCAAGAAGAAAAACUCAGAGAACAUAAAAUCAACUUUUAAAAUUGUGUGCUCUCUUCUUCACGUAGGCUCCUGUUAUGAACAAAGUACAGUAAAAUUCUAAGCCCUGUUCAGAGACUUUUUGAAUCACAACUGCAGCUCAUUGCCACGUUACAGAGUCUGUUAACAUGGCUAUCAAAUACUGUAUCAGUCACUAUAGGCUCUAAGAAUCACAUGCAGUCUUCACUCCAUUAAAUUAUCGAUUUUUUAAAAAUUAAUUGAGUUUAUAUUCAGUUUUCAAAUUAACCGAACAGAUUUAAAGGGGUACCAAGGAGGGGGGAAACAUCAGAUCUCCCAGACAGUUGUUGCAAGGAAAUGCUACUAACUGUGACUACAGCAGAAAUUCUUGAUUGACUUUGAAAGUUACUUCCUGGCAUUCUGGUACUUUCACCCAGCCUGGGUGCCCUGGAGAGGGAACAGGAAAUGCUGAUCUGUACGCCUGGGUGAGAGCAGAACCUCAGGGCUGACACUGUUGAGUGGCUUCCUCGGUUUGCUCUGUACCGUGAAAGUAUUUUCAUAUUUUUCUGUGUGCCAGAGUGAAAAAGGACAACUCCUGACUGUGGGAAUUGUGCCUGUAGCACCCAACCUUUCAGAGUCCACCUGAAACCUGGGGGUGGAUGAAGGAACUAGAAUAGUUCAGAAGACUGAAGCUGGGUGGGCCGCUCAGCGUCUCCACUGGCGUUUUGCUAAACAGACAGGGAAGGCCGUGUGCUUAGCUAUCCCCAGAGGGAGGACGAGAAGGGUGUGGUGAUGGUCAUUCUGGCUGUCGGAACGGAUUCUGGUGUCUUGGGCUGAUAACAGUGUUGUUGAUUCUGACUGUGAACCCCCUCAACUCUAGCAGACACAUACACGCCCCUGAAACGGGGCUGCAGAGCAAGCUCUCAGCCUUGGCAGUGUCGGCGUCUCGGGCUGGGUAAUUCUCUUGUGGGGACUGUCUUGUGCCUUGUACGAUGUUUGGUAGCAUCCCUGCCCCUACCUACUAGAUGCCAGGGGCACAGUUCUCCCCCCGUCCCUCCCCCAGUUGUGACAACAGUGUCUCUAAACAUUGUCAAAUGGUCCUAGGAAAGGAGAAAAUUGCCCCGGUUGAGAAGAGCACUGCUGUAAAGUAAUGAGCCUCGGCUCUCCUGUCCACACCUGUCCGGUUACUACUUGGCCGCCAUGCAGCCUUGGAUCCUACAGCCCAAAAGGGAAAAUGGAGGGAGGGUCCAGGCUUUGCUGGAGGGGCCUGGGUGAGUUCCGUUUGCUCCUUGUACCACCAUCCAAAUGGUGUUCUCAAAUCUCUUAAGAGUCCAAAGAGGCUGAAUAAUUAAUAUUGAAAGGCAAGAGGGCGAGGCAUUUUUUAACACACUUUUUAAAAUUUUAUACC